AUGGAAAAUAUUUGGGAUGAUGCUAUUAAUUCAACAAAGAAAUAAAAAGUCCAUAGUUACAUUCGAAAGGGUAUUUGCCAGCAGAUUUUUUGAUACUGAAGUUCAAAAUACUAUUUUUAGCAGUAUGCAGGAAGCAAAUUGCAUGUGUCAAGCAGCAUGAAGACAAUGAAUAGACAUGAAUAAAAUAUCUCACUAUGGAAUGAGAAGCAGAUUUAAAAUUAAACAUGAUAACAGACAGUUGGUAGGCGGGGGCAGGCAGAAAGCAUUGGCCAUGUGGAUGAACAACUUGUAGAAGAAAACUAGGAAAACUGUUGCAGACGGUGAUGAGGGGGUGAAGCUGUCAUCCUAGGGCGCUGCAGAUGCAGAGUUUCCGCUGCCAGCCUUCAGAUCAGAUCUGGGAGGUCAGGCUGGACUAAAACAUCUGGCUUCACGCCUCACACAUUGCCCACCGCGACGACGGCCGCUCUGGCACCGAAGCGGCCAGCAGCACCGAAGCAGCCUGGCCGGCCUCCGAGGCCCCUGCUUGCAAGUGGGUCGCUUCUCACCACCCCCAGAGCCUCGCCAGCCGCCCUUCCGCGAGCAGCAUUCGCUGCAGGAACACUUUUUUUUGGGGGGUUGAGACAGGGAAUUCACCGGGGCCACCUUUUGGCGUGGCGUUCGGAUGCCGCACCGACCCCGCACACGGGUCACCCCGCGGCCUCGGAAGGUAAGUGGCAAGGGGCGCCACGAGCCGGCAAACGGUGGGGGCCCCCCGCUGGGCCACAGCCCCACGGCCCCAGCCCACCACCGCACCUGUGCGCCGCCAAGGGGCCCCCGCGCGGUCCCGGCGCCGGCAGGCAGCUCCGGGGCAGGGGAUCGGGCGGAGCGGCCCCCCCCCGCGGGCAGGAGGCCCUCGGCACGGUGCCCCGCCGGAGCCUACCGCUGCCACCCCUCACACGAGUGGAGUCGCGCCUCGGCCAAUCAGCAAAAGCUUUAUACCGGAGUCGAAGUGACUCAAUCCCCGAGACGGAGCCGGGGAGCCAGUCAGCAUUGGCCCUGCGGCGACCAAUCACGGCGCGCCUUGCAAGCGGCCAAUCGGAGGGGCGGUGUCGCUUGUUGUUGUCCUGUGAGGCGGCUGCGCGGUGGUCGUUGGGUGCCGGCCGCCGCCGCAGGAGGGACGCGGGGAGGCCGCAGGCCCUGGUGCCCGCUCGUCUCUUCCUGCCCGCACCGGCCCCGCAGCCCCCGCGGAGGGCGGGGAGAUGCAGCCCCCGGGCCCUCAGCAGCCGCCGCUUUAUGCGCCCAGCAGCGGGGACUUCACCUUUGUAUCCUCGGCAGACGCCGAAGGGAGGAACUCGACAUUGAUCUGAAGGAUAUUUACUACAAAAUUCGAUGUGUGUUGAUGCCUAUGCCGUCUCUUGGGUUUAAUAGGCAGGUAGUGAGAGACAAUCCAGACUUUUGGGGUCCUCUGGCGGUUGUACUCUUCUUCUCAAUGAUUUCAUUAUAUGGACAGUUUAAGGUUGUUUCUUGGAUUAUAACUAUUUGGAUAUUUGGAUCCUUGACAAUUUUUUUACUGGCCAGGGUUCUUGGAGGAGAAGUUGCUUAUGGCCAAGUUCUUGGUGUGAUAGGAUAUUCCCUACUUCCCCUCAUUGUCAUAGCACCCGUACUUUUGGUGGUUGGAUCAUUUGAAGUUGUUUCUACCCUAAUAAAAUUGUUUGGAGUCUUUUGGGCUGCAUACAGUGCUGCAUCAUUACUAGUUGGAGAAGAAUUCAAGACCAAGAAACCCCUUCUAAUUUAUCCAAUCUUUUUAUUAUACAUUUAUUUUCUGUCCUUGUACACUGGGGUGUGAUCUAGUGCAAUAUGAGGCCAGAAACUGUAUUUUAUUCACUUGCAGACUGAUAACACAUAAGAAUAAGGAGGCUGGAGAUAACACAAGUGACUGUUUUGUAUCCGGUUGUCAAGAUGUUUUAAGAUCGGAGAGCAUAUUUGUGUAUAUUAUUUAAUGAAGCAAUUGUAGCUAUAUAGAUUUGUAUCAAAGUUCUAGGUUUGUUUAAAACUCUUCAGAUUUUAAUGAACAAAAUAAAAGAACCUUGUGUUUUAUAAGAAAAUGCAGCAAAACCACAACUCAAUACCUGUGCCAAAAGCACUAGGACCAGAUAACUACAUUCGAGGAGAAAAAUGAGAAGUUAACUGUAACAAUCUCAAAGUGCAAUUUUUCUUUUGAGCUUAAACACAGCUGGCUUUUUUGGCACAGCAAAUUCUGUAGAUAAUAUAUAUUUAUGAAACAGUCCUGAUUGUUCACAGAAUAGUCUGUAUAAUCAAGACAUGAAGAUAUUACUUUUAAUUUAGUGCCUCAAUUACUUUGAUUUGGCUAUUGAGUUUUUAUAAAUUCCAAUUUGUUUUCAAAACUUGUAUAUACUGUGUAUUUUGUAUCUAUGGCUUGUGUGUAGCGUAAGUACUCCAUGGUUAAGGAUGUAUAUUGGGUUUUUAAAAGAUUGAAGAUACAAGUAUUUGAAGUCUUCAUUUAAUAUCUCUGACCAAAGGAGCAAGAUAUUUACUGCGUGACAUUAUUAAUUAAAAUGCAUAUUUAGAGAAACAAAUUAUUUUACUUAAAAGUAUAAAUUUACAGAGAAAAGGGGGAACACUUUUCUCAGCUGUAGUGGUGGCUUAAUGUUGGAGAAAAAAGAUGAUCUAUCAAAUUUGUGUGACCUUUAAACAAUGUUAUUUUAUGAUGGCAAAAUAAAAAUAAUGCUUCCCUAA